CCCCCCCCGCCAAUGCAAACUGCUCCCUCUGCUGCCCCUGCUGCCGCAGACGCUCCAUGGCAGCCCUGCCUGGAGAUCCCAGCACCUCCUCCGCUCUCCCAGCCUUCCUCAUGCCCCUUCUCCUCCUCCUCCUCCGGCACCCAGGGCUCCUUCCUCCCCAGCGCCCGCCGCCGCCUCUCCCCCACCCAGGGCGAGGGGGGGACCGGGGCGCGCCCAAACUUUCCCAUGGAGUUUCUGCGGGCGCUCUGGCUGUGCGUGGGGGUGGCGGGCAGCCUCCUGCCGGCGCCCUGCCCGGGGCACCCCCAGCCCUGCCACAUCCUCGCCAGGGUCGGGCACACGGUGCGCCUGGGCGCACUGCUGCCCCUGGGGGGAGCGCAGAGCCGGGUGCGCAGCGCCCUGGCCAGGGCGAGCCGGGCCAGCUGGUUCCCCUAUAACCUGAGCUUGGAGAUCGUGCCGGGGGCUCCCCGGGAGCGGGACCCGGCGUCGCUGGCUCGCUGGCUGUGCCAGGCGCUGGUGGUGCAAAGGGUGGCGGCCGUGCUGGCCUUCCCCGGGUCCCGGGAGGAGCUGCUCCAGAUGGAGUUCCUCUCCGCCGUCCUGGAGAUCCCCUUCCUCAGCGUCCUGGAGCUGGAGCAGCCCUUCAGCACCCAGAAUCCCUUCCACCUGCACAUGGACCGGAAGAGCCCCAUGGAGACCCUGGUGGACGUGCUUGGCAGCAUCCUGCAGACCAACAACUGGCAUGAGAUGACCCUGGUGCUGUGCCAUGCCUGGGACAUCUCUGGCUUCCUGGAUUUCUGGACCAGCAGCACCGACCUCUUCCUGAGGACCAUCUUGGACCUGAGCUACCUGGAUGAGCCGGGUGCCACCAGCUACCUCCGCCAACACUUGGAGGAGCUUGAGGAGCUGGCCGGCCCGGUGCUGCUCUUCGGCUGUGACGCCCACCUCUCACGGCUGGUGUUCAGGGCAGCCUCGGAGUCCGGCCUGAGGCUGCAGGACUUUCACUGGAUGCUGGGGCAGCCGUUGAAUGUGGAUGAACUGCAGACGGAGGGGCUGCCCCUGGGCCUCCUGGCUUACGGGGAGGUCAACAGCCCCACGUUGGAGCAAUUCACCCAGGACGCGGUGGAGUUGGUAUCCCGGGCCAUCUCCAGCGCCAUGUACAUCCGGCCCGACCUCACCCUCAUCCAGAGCAUGGUGAACUGCAACGACAAGCACGUGGACGGCUCGGAGUCCUCUGGGCACUACCUCUCCAGGUUCCUGGCCAACACGUCGUUCCACGGGCGGACGGGGCGGGUGUCCGUGAGGAACACGUCGCUGGUGCACACCGAGCACCGCUACCGGAUCUGGAGCCUGCUGCGCGAUUCCCUGGGGGCGCCCACCUGGGUGACGGUGGGCAGCUGGCAGGACGGCAAGCUGGAGGUGGAGGAAGGGUUCUGGCAGAACCAGCUGCCACGCAAGAGCCCGGAUGGCAGGGGUGGCUUCUUGCCUGUGAAGCUGCGGGUGGUGACGCUGGUGGAACACCCAUUUGUCUUCACGCGGAAGGUGGACGAGGAUGGGAGCUGCCCAGCUGGGCAGCUGUGCCUGGACCCCCACACCAAUGACUCGACCGUGCUGGAGGCCCUCUUCGAGGCGCUCACCGCCAAGAACGGCUCGGUGCCCCUGGCAUACAAGAAGUGCUGCUACGGCUACUGCAUUGACCUGCUGGAGAAGUUGGCCGAGGACCUGCCCUUUGACUUCGACCUCUACAUCGUCGGGGACGGCAAGUACGGGGCCUGGAAGAACGGGCAGUGGACCGGGCUGGUGGGGGACUUGCUCAGCGGCAUGGCCCACAUGGCCGUCACCUCCUUCAGCAUCAACUCGGCCAGGAGCAAGGUCAUCGACUUCACCAGCCCCUUCUUCUCCACCAGCCUGGGCAUCCUGGUGAGGACCAAGGACACGGCCUCACCCAUCGGCGCCUUCAUGUGGCCCCUGCACUGGACCAUGUGGGUGGGGAUCUUCGUGGCCCUGCACCUGACGGCGCUCUUCCUGACCCUCUACGAGUGGAAGAGCCCCUAUGGCAUGACCCCGCACGGCCGCAACCGCAUAAAGAUCUUCUCCUACUCAUCAGCCCUCAACCUCUGCUACGCCAUCCUCUUCGGGCGCACCGUCUCCAGCAAGACGCCCAAGUGCUACACUGGCCGCUUCCUCAUGAACCUCUGGGCCAUCUUCUGCCUCCUGGUGCUCUCCAGCUACACGGCCAACCUGGCCGCCGUCAUGGUGGGGGAGAAGACCUUUGAGGAGCUCUCGGGGAUCCACGACCCCAAGCUGCACCACCCCUCGCAGGGCUUCCGCUUCGGCACCGUGUGGGAGAGCAGCGCCGAGGAGUACAUCAAGAAGAGCUUCCCCGAAAUGCACGAGUACAUGAGGCGCCACAGCGUCCCCACCACCCCCGCCGGGGUCACCAUGCUCAAGACUGAGCCCCCCAAGCUCAACGCAUUCAUCAUGGACAAGUCCCUUCUGGAUUACGAGGUCACCAUCGACUCGGAUUGCAAGCUCCUCACCGUGGGGAAGCCGUUUGCUAUUGAAGGCUAUGGAAUCGGGCUCCCCCAGAACUCACCCCUGACCUCCAACCUCUCCGAGUUCAUCAGCCGCUACAAGUCAGCCGGCUUCAUGGACCUGCUGCAUGACAAGUGGUACAAGAUGGUGCCCUGCGGCAAGCGGGUCUUGGGUGUCACUGAGACGCUGCAGAUGGGCAUUUAUCACUUCUCCGGCCUCUUUCUGCUGCUGUGCAUCGGGCUCUGUGGCUCCUUGCUCACCUCCCUGUGUGAGCACGUCUUCUACCGCCUCAUCCUGCCCUGCAUCAAGAGGAAGAAGAAAUUCAACUACUGGCUGCACACCAGCCAGAAAAUCCACCGGGCACUGAACGUGGGCUUUGAGGAGCAGAAAAACCAAAAGCUGAGACUUGAGAAAAGGUGCAACAUUCAGAAAAGCCAAGAGGCACCAGCCCCAAAUUCCAGCCAGCCAAGCUGGAACAACCUCAGGAAGGCUGCUGGGAAAGAGGACAAGCGGGUGCAUUUCAACAUGGAGCAGACGCCCUCUGAGCCAGCGCAGGAGAGGGAGGUGCCCAUGUGGCACUGCAUGAAUGGCAGGGUGCCCCAGCCAGAGGAGUGGGACACCAGCGAGGAGCUCAGGGAGCUGGAGGAACGGAUCCAGGCAAUCAGGGAUCAGCUGAGAGCUGCCCUGGUGCGGAAGAGCGAGUUGGUGGUGGCCUUGGGGCCCACCAAGAACAUCGGCAUGCUGCCUGUUAAGCCCACGGCAGAGAACAACAAGGACAGGUAAUGGGACACGGGCCAUGCAAGUUCCUUUUGAACGCACUCUGGAAAACCAGCUACUGUUUCCUUUCACCUCUUAAAUCAAACCAGAGCAUGGAGAGUGAGUGCAGAGGCUCCUGGUUGGGGAAGGGGUGAAGCUGCACAGAUCACAACUGGGAAACACUCCCAACUCAUUCACCACUUUGUUUGAAAUUAAUUUCUUCGUAUCACAGCUAGGACCCAAUUCCCACCCUGCUGCUGUCCUUUGUUAAUGGCAAGCUGAGAGAUUUCCACAUGAUCAGCUUACUGUAGGGGGAUGGUAGAACCCUCCAUCAGGCUCCUGACAGCUAUGGAAAGGAGUCUCACUUAAACAGGUUUUCAGUUACAUAUCCAUUACUGCAGGUGCGAGGACAGACAAGACUGGCUUUUCCUCAAGGAGGAAGUUCUAGGUUUAGUUCUUUCCCCACUGCCUCAGAACAAAGAAUCCUUCCCUAUUUAAAACAGUUGUUUGGGGAAACUAGAUAGUUCCUCAUUGGAUUCUAAGAACUGGUAUCUCAGGUUGGGAAGUUUAUGCCCAGUUUUGGAUCCCUUCUCUCUCCAGGGUGGGUGCGCAGCAUGGAAUAGAGACCUACUCAAACUUUCCCCUACAACAUCUGAGGGGGGCAGUUGUCCAGAAAACGCUGUGGUGUGAGCAAUGCAAAUUCUAAUAGUGUUCCCUUUCGCUGGCAGGAUCUGUAACAUUGAUUGUAAAUAAAAUGUACAAAGUUCAAUUUUAACUAGAAUAAAAAGCAAAACAGACUUCUCCUCCCUCCCACCCACCCCCCCCCCCUUCGAAUCCCCCAGGUGGUUAGAGUAGUAGUGGUGGGUGGGUGGGGGGUUAAAAUGCAGAUUGACUCAGGAAUCUGCUCACUAGCUCCUCCAGCCCCCAAGCUUGUGGAAAGAACCUGUCCAUCUCCCUCACCAGCAUGAGUUUCUCUCCCCAUCUUUCCUUCUCUCUGAGCUGUUUUUUGGAUGCAACUGUCAGCCUGGGAUUAGGAUUUUAUUUACUGAAUUAAGAUUAGAUUUAGCCAGGAUCCUCCCCCAAAGCACAAAAUUGCAGAAUUUAAGGUGAUAGAGCAACAGGGAAUUUAAUCACAAAACUGUUUUUGAGUAAAGCUGGGGGUGGGGGAAGUCUCCUUCCACCUUCAGCCCAGCAGCAAGAGUUUUAUGCAGAGGGAAACUUCUCUUCCGUCACUGCAGGACUCCCCAUUUUUCGUGCUUGCUCAUUGCUGGCAAGGUUCUGGUUAACACAAUCCCUUCAUUUCAGGCAUAGGAAAGUCCCAGCUUGUCUCAUCUCUGAUGUGAUGGAAGAUCAGAUGUAGGUAUGAGAAUGUAGCAGUCCAUACACAUAAGAGGAUGACUGACCAUGAGCCCUGCAGCAUUAGAAGUCCAAAUGGUGCUGUCAAGCUGUUUUUAAAGGGAGGUCAGUAAAUCAGAGAUGGAAACCCUGGGGGCUCAGGCCCAGACCCUCAAAAGUAUUUAGGCUCCCUAGUCCUCAACAUAGUUUGGAGAACUAGCUACAGAAGUGCAACAGCAUCUUCUCCAUAUGGCUGUGCAAUGUGCCUCAAGCCAAAGACUGGUUGCUCUUCUGUCCCUCCAGUGCUGGGCUGUGUGGAGGGUUGGGGAAGGUUGGCCUGGAAGACCCUGGGGCAAUUCCCUGCUCCACCACAGCAAGUCACUUAAUCAGUGUCUCAGCUCCCCAUCUGUAACAAAGAAAGUGCCCUACCUCUGGGGUAGGGAGGUGCUCAGAUACUAUGACAGCAGUAAGUCUCUUAGACCUAGGAGUUAAGUGUACGUGAUACUGCCCAGAAUGAAGUCCAGAGCCUGACAGGUCCAGCCUCCCCAGGACCCCAGCACGACCGUUUGCAAAGCAGCAGCACUGAAGCCGUUAGAGAUAAUAUUUAUUAUAUAUAUAUAUAUAUACACAUACAAACAUUUUUACAUUAAUUAAAUAGAAUGAACUCUACCCUUCAUUCAACAAAUGAUUUGGUUCAUUUCCCCCCCCUAAAAUCCUACAGCUGUUUCUGCUGGCUUGUGCUCUGUGACCUUUACAACCUGUCUGCAAGGAGCUCAGCUGCCUAGAAGCAGCAUCAGAUAAUUGAGGGGGGAGAUGUUGGCUGGACCCAGUCUCGCUCCUGGGGAGGCUGGGUGUAGUGAGAGGGGUCUACCAACAUACCAGGCCCUGGCAUGCACACUCCACCUCCAGCAGCAGCAUGUAUUCCCUAAAUGGGUUUCUGGGGAGGAAAGGCAGAGAAAGAAAGCUGAGAUAUUGUCAGAAACCCCUUUGCGCUGGGCAGCCACUGACAUGGCAAAUCCUUCAAUAACACCCCAAUUCCCCAUCCAACAGCACCUCCCCUGUGUGGUAAGCAGUGGAAAUACCAGAGGGCCUCAUUCCUAGGACUGAUCAGACAGGAAGGAAACACCGGAUGAGGGCUGAUUAGCUCCUGUAGACAAGGAUGGAGCCCAAGAACAAUUCCACAGCUUGGUCUCCAUCCCCCUUGUGACAUGGCCCCCUUGAUUAGAGGGGAGGUGGGAGGCUAAGCCCCACCCUCCCCCUUGGUACUUCCCUUUUCCACCACAUACGCUACCUUUUCCUGAGUUUAUCUCCCCUCUCAGAGCCUUGCUGGGGGAAUCGGACAUCACUUACCAGAAACUUUUCUCCAAAGGGAGCAGCUCCCAGGAUGGGCAUACCAGUGCAGGCUGAGCAAACUAGAAAACUCUGCUGCCGAUAACAGGAUGGUUUCUAAUGCAGCCUCUCUAACUUGGGUACCAGAUACCACCUACUAGAACGAGUUAGUAAAAGGGUAGAAAGACAGACAACCCCUAGGCAAACUACAGUCUAUCAGGGUGAGACACUAAUCUCAGAGCUAGCUUUGCCUCUUCCUUUCAGCAGGACAGUGCUCCAGGGUUCCUUUUUGCCAAGGAGGAAACGGGGUGGGGGGUAUCUCAAUUUCUUCUUGGCUUCAGUGUUCGGGUCCUGUCCUGUUCUACCGAACCAUCAUGAGUAACAGUUUUCUACCUGCAGUCUCCCCUUCUGGCCCUGUGCCAAGGGGGUUUCCUCGACUUGUGGAAGGGCCCAAUCUUAGGAUGUGAGGGUGUCCCACGCAUGGGACAAGGCACUGAAAAAACAGGCUAAGCCACUAAAGCAAAGAGUGGAGCUCUGUGGUGACAGGGCUACACACAUGCGUCCCUGAAAGCUCCUUCAUUAAUUAUGAAGCUAUUGUUCAGUUCCUAAUGUUUUCAGGCCACAGCCCCUGGCACUAGCUCCCCUUUAGCUUACCCACAGUCUAUGUGCUAUGCAUUUAAGGUGCUAGAUUGAGAGAGCCCCUGCCGAGAGGCCAUGGGGUGGAAAGAAGAGCUGCUCUCCUUUUGGGGGGUGCAGUAGGAAUGGAAAAGGGAAGAGAGCUAUGGGGAUCCAUCCCAGAAUCAGCCUAGAUGGUUACAAGCAUACCCCUGCCACCAACCUGCAGGGGGAAGUGGUAUGAACCUAUCAGCUCAGGCACAACUGACUGGCUCUCAGAGAGCUGUUAGCACAGGAAAACAGCCUCAUGUUUCAUGUCUCCCCGGACACGCUGGCCACUGGUAACAGGUCAGGGGGGAGAGGGCAGCAGGAAGAUGCUUAACUACAGCUAAUCGAAGCCCUAUUCCCAGCUUCUCAUCUGCGAUGAAAUCUGGUAAGAGGGCACAGGGCUUAAGAUGCCCUUUCCCUAGUGGAGGGCCAAGCUUGCUGAUGCCCUCUGCUGCUUUCUGUGGAUCUCCAAAGGAGACAUUAAUACCCCCCCUGCCUGCCCCACACACACACACACACACACACACACACACUCUAUUAAACUGCAGUUCUAAAAGUUAGGAAUGCCAAGAAACUGCCACCUGUAUCUUCUCCCCAACAUUAAUACAGACAUGUGUCUCACCCCUUAUACAGAUACACACACGUCUUUGCAACAGCCAACUUUACUCCUUUGCUAAGUAGCCAAAAAACCCUUCUACAGUCAAGGCCCACAUGGCUGGUGAGGAACAAGAGUGAAGAACAGGGAGUCAGUUAUGGACAAAGUCAGCUAGACACUACCAAACUGUCAGAGUGAAGAUGUCAAGCACCAUCCACUGAAGCUCCCAUGGUGAAAGGAAAUGACUCUUAGCUCCAGCAAGUGGUUUCUGACUGCCCCCAAGGUUCAUUUCCAUUUCAGUUGAUGAGCUUUCCAGCCUCUCUUUCCAGGAAUACACCACACUAGAUGCAACUCAUCACACUAAGAUUUUUUUUGGGGGGGGGGGGGGGAGCGGGAGU